GUCAAACUUUGAAUUGAUUUUACAGCGUAAUUCUUGAGUUUAUGCAUGUUCAAAGUUUGUUUCUAAGAGAUGAUGGCUGGUGUUCUAACUCUAAUCUUCAUCAUUUCUUGCCUGAAUCUUCUGCUUAGCCAUCGUUGUUCUUCACAUCCCUUGUGUACAAACUUCAGAGCACCCUUCACUUCUGAGACCCCUCUUUCCUUUUGUCAGUACAAUGGAAGUGUUUGUUGUAAUGCCACUGAGGAUCUGAAAUUGAGGAAUCAGUUCAAGUCAAUGAAUGUCUCUGUUUCUGCUUGUGCUUCGGUCCUUAAAUCGAUACUCUGCUCGAGAUGUGACCAAUUUUCGGCGGAGCUAUAUCGAAUCGAUUCUGCACAAAGAACAGUUCCUGUUCUUUGCAACUCAUCUAUUUCAACAAGCUCAAGCCAGUCACAAGAAGCCAAAGUUGAUUACUGUGCAGAAGUUUGGGAUAAAUGCCAUAACGUAUCAAUCAUAAUUUCUCCUUUUGCACUGCAAGCUAAAGGUGGUAUACCAAUUAAUUCGACUUCGAAGCUGAAUGAGUUAUGGCAAUCUAAGGGUGCUUUCUGUGAUGAAUUUGGUGGAGCUUCUGAUGAUGGAGCAACAUGUUUUACUGGAGGUCCAGUUCUGCGAAACAGUUCUGAAAAUAUUAGUCCUCCAAGUGGUAUUUGUCUUGAGAAAAUAGGGAAUGGAUCCUACCUUAACAUGGUGGCUCAUCCCGACGGUUCGAACCGUGUCUUUUUGUCUAACCAAGCCGGAAAAUUAUGGCUGGCAACGGUUCCUGAGCAAGGAUCAGGAGAAACAUUAGGCAUUGAUGAGUCGAAUCCGUUUCUAGAUUUGACUGAUGAAGUACAUGCUGAUGCUGCGCUUGGAUUGUUGGGAAUUGCAUUUCAUCCGAACUUUCAACAAAACGGCCGAUUCUUCGCUUCGUUUAACUGUGAUAAGGUUCGAUGGCCAGGAUGUUCAGGAAGAUGUUCAUGUAACAGUGAUAUAGGAUGUGAUCCUUCAAAGUUAAGUUCAGACAAUGGGGCUCAACCAUGCCAAUAUCACAGUGUUAUAACAGAAUUCACAGCCAACAGUACCACAUUGAAUCUUUCCUUGGUUACUCAAAUUACACCGGUAGAAGUCAGAAGAAUACUUACCAUGGGACUACCAUUCACUUCCCAACAUGGCGGCCAGAUUCUCUUCGGACCUAAAGAUGGAUAUUUGUAUUUUAUGAUGGGAGAUGGUGGAGGCAGUGGUGACCCUUAUAACUUUUCACAAAACAAGAGAUCUUUGCUUGGAAAGAUUAUGAGGCUUGACAUAGAUACCAUACCAAGUGCAAAAGAUAUCAGUGAAUUUGAUCUAUGGGGAAAUUAUUCAAUUCCUAAAGAUAAUCCAUUUUAUGAAGACCAUGAAUUGCUUCCAGAAAUUUGGGCCAUCGGAUUUAGAAAUCCUUGGAGAUGUAGUUUUGAUUCUGAGAGGCCUUCUUACUUCCUAUGUGCAGAUGUUGGUCAGGAUCAAUAUGAAGAAGUGGAUAUAGUGACAAAGGGAGGAAACUAUGGUUGGAGAGUUUAUGAAGGACCUUUUUUAUACAAUUUAUCAAACUAUUCUGAGGCUAAUAAUUCUUCAAACCCCAUAAAUGCAAUCUUCCCAGUCAUGGGAUACAACCAUUCUGCUUUAAACAAAGCUGAAGGAUCGGCAUCGAUCAGUGGUGGUUAUUUCUUCCGAUCUAUGACUGAUCCAUGCUUGUAUGGAAGAUAUCUGUAUGCAGAUUUGUAUGCUGAUGUUAUUUGGGCAGGUUUUGAAAACCCAAAAGGCAGUGGAAACUUCACAACAGAUCAGCUUGCUGUUAAAUGUGCCCAAGACUCUCCUAUCCAAUGCAAUGCUGAACCUGAGUUAACAUCUCCAGCAUUGGGGUUUAUAUUCUCCUUUGGGCAGGAUAAUAAGAAAGACAUCUUCAUAUUGACCAGUAAUGGCGUUUAUAGAAUUGUUCGUCCAAGUAGAUGCAACUAUACUUGUUCCAGGGAAAAUGUCACGGAUUUUACUGCUCCUCCUGGAUCUGAUGUUGAUCCUCCAUCAUCUUCUCCUUCAUCAGGGAGCAAAUUUAGCAGUCCUCUAACAUUACAGAUUCUGGUUUUUACUUGUGUUUCCUUCAUUGGAUUGUUGAGUUUUCUCUUGUAAUCUAUACUUGGAGUUGUUGAUUGGAGAUAAAGAGAACGUUUCUCUUUUCUUGCUGAUUUCAAGUUUUUUUUUUUUGUUGAGUUUUCUAGAAAAUGAGAUUUUUUCCUUUUCUAAAUUUAUCUAAAUUUUUAAUAAAUGGUGAAGUCAAA